GGAAAGUGACUGAUAGAGUGACAGACGCAUCACAUCAAUCAAUGUCAAUUGAAUGUUCAACUUGAGUUUGCUAAAUCUGAUAAUUUUGACUAGGCAACACUACUCUCUCUAGAGUAGUACUCUAGACAGUACAACUUGUAAUUCAACUUGAAUUUCAAGGUGUUGGCUACACAUGUCCCCCCACCCACAAGCUCUAUCCGACGGGCCAAAGUACCGUUAGGCUUGCAUUGAUGAAAUAGGUAUGACAUCACUUAGAAUUAAGUUGUUGUCAUUAUUCAGUUAGAAAAAAUGUUACGCUUGAUUGCAUGCCAUUGUACAAAAUCAGUAGGGCCAGUACUAGUAGGGGCUACAUCAACCAUGUAAUUGAAGGCUAAUGUAUUCAAUAAGGGCAUAAUAAUUGCUAGCUCGCUACCAAGACUAUAAGAGCUAGGUCUCAAUUUCGCUCCAUGUGUUUGGUUUCAGUAUCGUGGCUCAGUAUUGAUGGGCCUUGCACACAACUAAUAUGAUGAAAAUAAGGCAUUUCCCCCCACCGUGGGUUAAAAACACAAACAAGAUUCGUUUCAAUUGAAUGUCAUGGGUUCAUAGGUGCGCUCGGCCAAUAUUCCAUAUUUACGAAUGGAAUGUUACCGUAAACGAAAAUUCUUGCUGUACUUUAAUUAACGGACAAAACUGUCAAUUUUGAUACCACAUACAUAAACAAUUAUUACAUAAAAUGGAUCAAAGCAAUUUUUUGUGAACAGUAUGUUGACACAUUAGUGAUUAAUUCAUCACAAUUCCAAGACAUUACGCGAAGGUUUAGAGUCUGUACACAGUCUAUACAUCAGUAUCUGGUGUGUCCACCGCAAGUGUCAAUAACAGCAGUACAGCCAUGUUGGCACCUGGAACCACACUCUCAGAAAAGCCUGGCUCAAUCCAUCGACUGUGUUUGCUCUCGAAAUCAAGACUGGUUAACCACACAUGCAUGUAGCUUUGAUUAACCAGACUGAUAGAAAAUGGUGCUGCUCAUAGGACCAACAGGAUCUGGAAAGACCUUGAUUUUAAAAAGACUUCAAGCACAUAAUUUUAGUGGAAAAGGUGGAAUAGAAAACCUGGAUGAUGUUCCAUCAACCAUUCCAACAGUUGGCACAAAUAUCAUCAAUAUCAUCACAGGUAGACGAAAUAGUGAAUUGACCGUCCGUGAACUUGGGGGUUCCAUGGCACCAAUUUGGAACAAAUAUUACAAAGACACCUCAGCGAUUAUUUUUGUGAUUGAUGUCUCGAAUCGAUUCCAGAUUGCAUCAGCAUGUAUUCAGUUGUUAACAAUGAUGUCGUCAUCUGAGGUUAACGUUCCCGUUGCGAUUGUUUUUAAUAAGAUAGAUAUGAUGACUGUGAUGUCAUCAAGUGAAAUAGAAACUGUUCUACGACUUGAUGAAGUACUAGAAUCUGCCACACAAAAAGUUUCCAUAUUCAGUGUCAGUGCUAAAACUGGAAAAAAUCUCAAUAAUUUACUGAAGUGGAUUGUAGAAAAUUAUCAAAUUGAAAGACCAAAUGUGGAAAAUAUGGAAAUAUAAAUAUAUUAUUGACCAAUUGUGUAUGUAACAAGUAUCUGAGACCAAUUUUGCCCAUAAGAUUCUGAUUUUAAUGGCGCGACCCAGAUUGUAAUGGGUCUUAUAUUAAGGUGCAUUGUUUCUCUUUUUAGACAUUAAAUGGGGUGGGUGUCCAAGUGGUUUAAUGUUUGCACUUGCAGUUGCACUUCACAAGAUCUAGAUUCCCCUAAUAAAACUAGCUUGAAGGGUUUUCUCUGGGUACUUUAUUUUCUUUUUGCUGUGUUUGCCAUACAUGUAAAUCCACCUGCACAGAAGCAAGUUGCUGAAACAUAAUAAAAAGUGACUCAUUAUUUUGUGUAACCCAGGGCUUUCCUUUCAGUUGAGAAUAUUUUCACGAUGUCAAUUUUGAUGUGCACAGCAAAUUUUGCUAAAUAUAAUCUACAUAGGCUAAAUGUACAUGCAUCAUGCUUUUAGGACUUGCAUUGUAACUCACGAUAAGACAUUGACUCUGCAAACCCUCAAUGGUUUCCAGAUAAAAGUUGUCUAUAUUAUAUUGCAUAUUAUUAUAAUUUCAUCAAUUAUUAUCGCUUCAGAAGUUGGUAUUACAAAAUCUUUGACAUUACCGUAGACGUACCGGUAAUCAUCUUCAAGCAGUGCCGAUCGUUCAUGCGACUGAACAUUAUGUUUUUCUUCCAUCAAGAGUGUUGUCGCAGACAAAACAUUUCCAUAAUAAUUUUACAUAAAUUAUUUUCGGUGUCCUUGGAGGUAAUUAGUGACAAGAUUUAACCAUCAUUAACUACAUGUAAACACUGAUAUUGUUUUUACAUGUAUAUAAUUUGUCCUUUCAUAUCUUAAGUUUUAUCAUUGCUUGACAAAGACUAGAAAAGCCUAUUUUAAAAUACACAGUAAUUGUAUUCCAUAGAAUUAUCUUUUGUGUACCUGUAUAUAGACAUUACAUAUUGUUAGAUAUACAUUAUUUUAUAAGCCAAAAACAUUGAUUAUGAAAGUCUAGUCUUAAAAGUUGUUAAUUCUAUAAUCUAAACAAAUUGACAUACAUGUAUAGUAUACACGUAUGUCAAUUUGUUUAGAUUUUAGAGUAGAAUUCUAUGGAAUACAAUUACUGUUUAUUUUGACUUGGAUAAAUGCUAUUGAGAAACAAUGAUUUGACUUGUAAAAAUGUGUACUGUAGAUGAGUUGUGCAGUGGGGACCAUAUUCCUAGAAAAGUAUACCACAUUUAGUCAUUAAAUGCUAUUUUUCUGUCAAAAAAAAGAUGAAGUAUUAAAUACUAUUAUUUUUUAUAUUUACAAUUUUGUGAUAUCCAUAAUUUAUUCAGAUAUUUUAUUUAUAGAUUAUAUUUACCCCAUUUCAUUUAUAUAUGUUUAUAUAUAUAUUGUCCAUACAGUUUUCCCUUUGUUUGAAUUGCACCUUCAUGUUGGAAAGAAAAUAACAUUUUUGAAACAAUAUUUGAUAUAAUAUGUAAAUGUUAUACAUUUAUGUCAAAAUUUUAUUUCCAGUUUGAAAUUACUUCAAAAAUGAUUUGUUUAUUUUAUUUUCAAAUUAUUAGGAUAGAUUUAUUUAUUAAAAUGAAUACACGUGUAUCAUU